GUUGACAACACACAGCCAAGCACGAGUUUCACCUUGUUAUGAACCCAGCUGGACACGAAGACGGCAGCAGCUACAACUUCGGCCUGAGAUGCCCAAAUAUUGUUCGGUACCAAACUGCAAGAAUGACUCCGGAAACGGCAACGACAGGAAAAGUUUUUACAAGUUCCCGCUGCAGGACCCGGUCCGGCUGCAGCAGUGGCUGAGGAACAUGGGGCGUGAGAACUGGACUCCCUCCCGACACCAGUACAUUUGCCACGAACAUUUUGCACCGUCGUGCUUCAAGGUGAGAUGGGGGAUCCGUUACCUUGAGAGCGACGCUGUGCCUACACUCUUCCAAGAGGCCGAGAAACGGAAAGCCACAGAUCACAGCGAGAGGAAGCCAAAGCGUCUUCGAGCCAACAGUAAUCAAACGGUGUCCGAUGACGGGACCAUGGCUGUAGAAAUGCAGAGCACGCUGCACACCGUGCACCUGUAUGAGAUCGCUGUCAACCCACUGCAGCAGGGAGAAACCAGCUUGGUGGAGUCUAGCGAUGUCGGAGAAUCUGACUGUUCUCUCCAGACAGACCUGGAUCCACUGGCAUCAGCAGACGGAUCGGAAACGGGCAUAAACUUCCCUUUAACUUUGUUCCAGACAGUUGAUGAUCUAAGUAACAGUGGAGAGAAUACUGAGGUGGUAGUGAUGUCUGAAUGCCCUGCAGGUGAAGGACCGGAUGAGUUUGUGAAUGGAAUCACUGCUGCCAUUUUAACUCAGGGCCACAGACUGGUCAUCAACGACUCCACGCUUGGCUGCACUGAUGAGGCUGAUGCUUUGAAUGGAGUUGAAGAUGUGGCUUUCACCACAAAGGAGUUCUCAGAUGUCAACGGAGGACAUGAAACUCAAGUUAUCGCCUACUUUGAGACGAUACCAAAUGUUUUCCCCAGUGAAACUUCUACUCAGUUCAACUUCUCGCCAGACACGGUGCUUUCAUCUGCUCUGAGCUCCAAGCCCAUCACAUCCACUGUGCCUAUAGUGUCCAAACACGUGGCGCCUUCGCCCGCAUCCCUGGUCCUCACUGUGGAAAGGCUGGACACGGAGGGGGAAGACGGAGAUGAGGGCAAGUCAGACGAGGAAGACAUGGAACAGCAAGAUCGCCAGCUGGAGGAACACUGCUACCACAAGAACAGUUUGAGUAAGGAGCAGCUGGAGGCAAUUGUUGCCGAGCUGCAGAAAAAAGUGAAAGUGCUGCAGCAGCGACACCGACGACACCUGGAGAAACUUCUAGGACUGGAGAACACCGUCAGUCAGCUGAGACAGAGCAACCUGCUGAAUGAAGAACGUCUACAGCUGCUGGAGAGGGCUUAUAUUCAGACUAGCGCAGCAGUGUCAGACGCUGGGGAGACUGUGACCAUAAUCUACGAAGAGGACGAUGCUGCGUACUUGUAUACUCCACUGAACGAUGCAGUGGCAAAGCUGUGAGGCCAGACUGACUGUGGACAUGCCAUCUGUGUGUCUGUCUGCUGCUCACUGUGCCAAAUAAUAAGUAAUUGGGGCUAAUGCUAUUGGAAAUAAAAAUGCUACCUAAUUUUGUUCUUUUUUUUUUUUUUUUUAGUUUUCUCUAAUC